AUGGCCUGGCAGCCGGCCCCGGAGUCCCUGAGCCAGCUGGCUACCUGCCUCAAGGACUCGCUCAGCGGCUUCGACAAGAAUGCGCAGAAGCAGGCAGAGCUUAUGCUCACCCAGGCCAAGUCCUCUCCCGACAUCAACAACUACCUCGCCUACCUCUUUUCCAGCCCCGAGCCGCCCCAGGGUGUACAAUGCUCCCCUCAAGACUACCACCUCGUGCGCUCCGCCGCCGCCAUCAUGCUCAAAAACAACGUGCGCACCGGCUACAAGCACAUUCCCGAGUCUAGCUUGUCCCUCGUCAAGAUGGCCGUCCCCAUGGGCAUCCAGGACAAGAACUCCCAGAUCCGCAACUACGCCGGCAACAUUGCGACCGAGAUCGUCAGGAGAGGCGGCAUCCUGAGCUGGUCCGAACUGCUGCCCCAGCUGCUCAGCCUUAUCUCCAACGAGAACGGCCAGGUCUCCAGCGAGGGCCAGGAGGGUGCCAUGUCCGCCAUGGCCAAGAUCUGCGAGGACAACGUAAAGGUCCUGGAGCGCGAGCACAACGGCUCGCGCCCCCUCAACUUCCUGCUCCCCAAGUUCAUCGAGGCCACCAAGAGCGACCUGCCCAAGGUCCGCGCAAAGGCCUUGGCCGCCAUCAACGUCUUCACCCCGCGCAAGUCCCAGGCCAUGCUCAACAACAUCGACAGCCUGCUGAACCACCUCUUCAUCCUCGCCGGUGAUCAGAACCCUGACGUGCGCCGCCAGGUGUGUCACGCUUUUGUCCAGCUCGUCGAGACCCGCCCCGAUAAGCUGCAGCCGCACAUUGCUGGUCUGGUCGACUACAUCAUCACCCAGCAGAAGAGUGACGAUGAGGACCUGGCCUGCGAGGCCGCCGAGUUCUGGCUGGCCGUUGGCGAGCACGAUGACCUGUGGCGCGCUCUGACGCCGUAUCUCGACAAGAUUAUCCCCGUGUUGCUCGAGUGCAUGGUGUACAGCGGAGAGGAUAUCGCCAUGCUCGGCGGUGCAUCAGACGACGAGGAGGAGGAUGAUCGCGAGGAAGACAUCAAGCCGCAGUUUGCCAAGAAGUCGGCGGCCAGGGGCAAAGGCGGCGAGGCCUCGGCCGACCCUGCGCAGAACGGAAACGCCUAUGAGAAGCUGGCGAGCAUGGACGACGACCUGGAGGAGGGCGAGAUCGACGACAUUGACGACGGCGACGAGAACCCCGACGAGCGCUGGACCAUUCGCAAGUGCUCCGCCGCCGCCCUCGACGUCUUUGCGAGAGACUUCUCCGACCCUGUUUUCACCGCCAUCCUGCCGUACCUGACGAGCAACCUCAAGCACGAGGAGUGGCAGUACAGGGAGGCUGCCGUCCUUGCCCUGGGAGCUGUCGCUGAGGGUACUAUCAACGCCGUCACUCCCCACCUCCCGGAGCUCGUCCCCUACCUCCUCUCCCUUCUUGAGGACAACGAGCCCAUCGUCAGGCAAAUCACCUGCUGGACGCUCGGCCGCUACUCGCAGUGGGCCGCCAGUCUCCAGGACCCCAACCAGAAGGCCACCUACUUUGAGCCGAUGAUGGACGGCAUCCUGCGCAAGAUGCUCGACAGGAACAAAAAGGUCCAGGAGGCUGCCGCGUCUGCCUUCGCCAACCUGGAAGAAAAGUCAGGCAAGGUCCUCGAGCCCUACUGCAUACCGAUCCUGCAGCAGUUUGUCCAGUGCUUCGCACGGUACAAGGAUAGGAACAUGUACAUUCUCUACGACUGUGUGCAGACCCUAGCCGAGAACAUCGGACCCGUCAUCGCGCAGCCCAACGCUAUGAGUCUGCUGAUGCCUGCACUGAUUGACCGCUACCAGAAGGUCAACGACGACUCGCGCGAGCUGUUUCCUCUGCUGGAGUGCCUGUCUUACGUGGCCAUGGCGCUUGGAUCUUCCUUCACACCGUACGCGCAGCCUAUCUUCACACGAUGCGUCCACAUUAUCCACACCAACCUCGAGCAGAGCCUGCAGGCCACCAACAACCCUACGAUGGACUCCCCUGACAAGGACUUUCUCGUUACGAGUCUCGACCUGCUGAGUGCCAUCAUCCAGUCUCUGGAAGAGGACAAGAAGCAGGAGCUGGUCAAGGGCUCUGAGGGAACCUUCUUCGAGCUUCUUGGCUUCUGCCUGGAAGACCCCCAAGACGACGUGCGUCAAUCGGCUUACGCUCUGUUGGGAGACUGCGCUAGAUACGUCUUCCCCCAGCUCGAGAAACACCUGCCUUCGGUCUUCCCCAUCUUGCUGAAGCAGCUAGACCUGGACAACAUACUCGAUGAGGAGAUUGACAGCGGUUUCAGUGUCGUCAACAACGCAUGCUGGUCUGCUGGUGAGAUCGUCAUGAUGAACAGCAAGGCCAUUUCUCCUUUUGUGCCGGAGCUUCUCCAGCGAUUCGUUGAGAUCAUCUCGAACCCGGGCGUUCAGGCGGCUGUUAGCGAGAACGCGGCCAUCGCCCUCGGCCGUCUUGGUCUCCACCACUCCGAGGUCCUCGCCCCUCUUCUGCCGACCUUUGCCGAGGAUUUCCUGUCGGCCAUGGAGCACGUCGAGUUCUUGGAGGAGAAGGCCACUGCGUUCAAGGGCUUCACCCUGGUUGUGGGACAGAAUCCGCAGGCGAUGGAGAAGGCGCUUCCCCAGCUCUUCGUUGCCAUUGCAAGGUACCGAGAUAUUAACCUGAAGAACCCGAUCAAGAACGAACUGCACGAGCACUUCCAGAAGGUCAUCAACAUGUACCGGGAGAUGAUUCCCCAGUUCAAUGACUUUGUGAACCAGAUGCAACCGCAGGACCAGCAGGCACUCCGCACAUACUACUCCACAUGA